GGCCGGCCGUUCACUCAGUUUUCCAAAGCAAACAUGAAGCAUUGUUGGGCAAUCGGAACUCUACUCUUAGCAAGUGUCCUUAUGGGCAAUGCCUGUCGACAUACUUGCGUUUCUCGGAAUCUUUGUUUGUAUGAGGAGCCAUCAUUUGAUUACCGCCACGGUCUUUGUGGCAAUAACAAAAUUUGCUGUGCAGUUCUCCGAAAGCCUGUAGGUGAGAUUUCAAUUAAACCAAAUGGCCCCGAAGAUAAAAAGGUUGGAGUAAACGGAAUAAAUGUACAACCAUCGCCUACUCGCGGACCCACAAGAGAUCGCAACGAAUUCGAUUUGCUUGAUUGGAAUUCAAUACAAAACGGUGGGAAUCCAACAACCAUCGUUGGGCAACCAACAAACAACGGAGGGAACCCAACAAGCAACGGAGGGAAUCCAACAAACAACGGAGGGAAUCCAACGUCUUUCUGGGGGCGCCCAACAAACAACCUUGGGAAUCCAACAACCAACGGAGGGAACCCAAAGAUCAACGGAGGGAACCCAACAAGCAACGAAGGGAAUCCAACAAACAACGGAGGGAAUCCAACGUCUUUCGGGGGGCGCCCAACAAACAACUUUGGGUAUCCAACAACCAACGGAGGGAACCCAACAAGCAACGGAAGGAAUCCAACAAGGAACGAAGGGAAUCCAACAACCAACGGAGGGAACCCAACAAGCAACGGAGGGAAUCCAACAAGGAACGAAGGGAACCCAACAAACAACGGAGGGAAUCCAACGUCUUUCGGGGGGCGUCCAACAAACAACCUUGGGUAUCCAACCAACAACGGUAGGCACCCAACAAACAAUGUUGGAAGCUUAGAUCCUUUUUCACCAGGUUGCGGCAUGAGCAACGCAAAUGGAUUGCAAAUGAUAGAAGGAAUCACCACGGAUCAAGCACGACCAGCUCAGUAUCCCUGGGUUGUUGCACUUGUCCACAAUGGAAUGUACUUGGGUAGCGGAUCCCUGAUUCAACCAAAUGUCGUUCUAACAGCAGCUCACCGGUUAAGUUCAGUCGAAAGCGGUCUUGCGGUCAGGGCCGGCGAUUGGGAUUUGGCAUCCGAUCAGGAGACAUUUUCAUCUGAGCUGCGCGAAGUGACAAGGGUGGUAAUCCAUGAUGGAUUUAACUUCACAUUGGGUGCCAACAACUUGGCGCUACUUUUCCUCAAUUCGCCCUUCAAACUGAGUGACCACAUUAGAACUAUCUGUUUGCCUACACAAAAUAAGUCGUUCGAAGGACGUCGUUGCACGGUGGCCGGUUGGGGCAAAAUGAGAUUUGAGGAUCAAAGAUACUCCGCCGUUCUGAAAAAAGUUGAGUUGCCCGUGGUAAGCCGGACUGUAUGCGAGAAUCUCUUGAGGUCGACCAGGAUGGGCGUAGACUAUCAGCUGCCCGAGAACAUCAUUUGUGCCGGAGGCGAGAUGGGACGCGAUGCCUGCACCGGGGAUGGCGGAUCGGCCCUGUUUUGUUCAAUCGGAGGGGAGAACUCUGGUGUCUACGAGCAGGCUGGAAUAGUAAGCUGGGGCAUUGGGUGCGGCCAGCAGAGCAUUCCGGCCACAUAUACGGAGGUGUCGAAGUUCACAAAUUGGAUUGCCGAGAAGGUACUGCCGUUUGAUUACAGGCGUAGGCCAGUCAUAGAAUACUAAAUGAUUCAAUAAAUGAUAAAAGCGCUUUAAAGUUUACUCUAAAGCAAACAAAUUGUAUUUUGUAA